GUCCCACCACUGCACUUUCCUAUAGCUUUCUUCACCACAAUCUAUAAUCCUAAUUUUUUUUUUCCUUCAACCCAACCAUUACUGCUCGCACGAAGGGCCAUGACCCUUCUCAGGAAAUGAAUUCCUGGCUUCUCUCAUCUUCUCCUAAUUCUCUUGUUUAUUCAUUUUUCAUAUUCUUCAUCUUCAUCAAUAGCAUUCAUCUAUCUCUUUGCAAAGAUGAUUCAUACUCAAACUGUAGCAAAAACAUUUUCUCUUGUGGAAACAUCCGCAACAUUGGUUUUCCUUUCUGGGGAGAAAACUAUGCUGGUUGUGGCUAUCCAGGACUGAAGCUCAACUGCAAGGAAAACGUUACUACCAUGGAGAUUAUGAACGUGACUUACCGUGUGUUAGAUGUGAAUCUCAGUGACCAGAUACUCACAAUUACGAGGGAGGACUACUGGACUGGUUUUUGUUCACCAAAGUUCACAAACACUACCUUGGAUCCCACACUCUUUGAUUUUGGUAAUGGUAAUUUUCAGAAUCUUAGACUAACUUAUGGUUGUGCUUUGUCUUCGAUAGCUCACCCUAGGCAACUCACUUGCUCCACAACUACUGGGUCAUUGUUUGAUGUGCACAUGAAACCGGGAGCUCUUGGUCCUGAUGAGAAUUGUGAAACAAGUGUGAUUAUUCCAGUUCGGUACAGUCAGUCCUUGGACACAUUGGAUUGGUCAAAAUUGGAGCAAUCUAUGAAAGAAGGAUUUGAUGUGAAAUUGGUGGAUUCUUCAGCAUGUAACAACUGCACCAAAUCCAAUGGAGUUUGCGGUUUUGACCUCAAAUUGAAUCAAGUAACGUGCGAUCACUCGCAAUCUAAACCAGGUGUUGAACCAGAAGCUAAGCCAGGAGUUGAACCAGAAGCUAAGCCAGGUUUUACAGGAUUAUCCUUCACGCAGACACCAAAGUUCAAGAUUCUAAUAGGUGCUUCGGCUGGUGUUAUUGGGAUCAUAGUCCUCGCUGCUGUGAUAAUUUGCUACCUUAAAAGAGAACAAUUAUCAAGCAUGGUCGUGAUGACGAAAAAGAACACGACAGAGAAUCAAUAUGCCAAAGCAUUCAUAAAGAAUCAAGGUUCACUUCAACCUAAGCGAUAUAGUUAUUCAGAGAUUAAGAAAAUGACCAAUUCAUUCAAAGAAAAACUGGGCCAAGGAGGAUAUGGCAGUGUAUACAAAGGAAAGCUAUUGGAUGGCCGUCUAGUCGCAGUGAAAGUCAUAAAAGAGUUAAAAGGUAGUGGAGAAGAAUUCAUUAACGAGGUUGCUAGCAUUAGUAGAACUUCUCAUGUUAACAUAGUCACUCUUUUGGGUUAUUGUUAUGGGACAACUAAAAGAGCUUUAGUCUAUGAAUUUAUGCCCAAGGGAUCUCUAGAUAAGUUCAUAAACAACCAAGGGCCUUCAGGAACAAAUUGUCAAUUGGAUAGGGAAGCACUCUUCCAAAUUGCAGUUGGCGUUGCUCGAGGAUUAGAGUACCUACACCGUGGUUGUAGCAUAAGGAUUUUGCAUUUUGACAUAAAACCUCAGAACAUUCUUUUGGAUGAAGAUCUUUGUCCAAAAAUAUCUGAUUUUGGACUUGCAAGACUAUGCCAAAGGAAAGAUAGUAUUGUAUCCAUGCUUGGUACUAGAGGAACUAUAGGGUAUAUUGCACCAGAGGUUUUUAGUCGAGGCUUUGGAGGAGUCUCUUACAAGGCUAAUGUCUAUAGCUAUGGAAUGUUGGUUCUUGAAAUGCUUGGAAAAAGAAAGAAUCUCAACGUAGGAGUGUCUCAUACUAGUGAGAAAUAUUUUCCGGAUUGGAUUUAUCAGGAACUAAAUCUAGUUGAAAAUGUUGGAAAUAACAUUGAAAUGGCAGAGGAGGUAGAGGAAAUGGAAUGGAAGAUGAUAUUAGUGAGUUUGUGGUGCAUUCAAAGUGCUCCCACAGAUCGACCAUCAAUGACUAAAGUGGUGGAGAUGUUGGAAGGUAGCCUUCAAUCUAUCGAAAUUCCACCAAAGCCCUUCUUGUCUUCUCCUAAAAUGUCUCCUCCUAAAAUGUCCAUACAAAAUUCUUCAACAUCAUCGUUUACAUGAAAAAGGAAAAACAAAAAACUAAGGAAAUCUAUCCGUUCUUUUUUGGAUAGAAAAAUAGAGUUGUUGCUCACUUUUCUUUUUUUUUUUGAUAAUUGUUGCUCGCUAUUGUUGAGUAAUUGUUUAUGCCAAAAGACUAAAUACACGUAUUUAAUUUAUUGGAUAA